AUGUCGUCCACAACAACGGUGCCCAAGCACCUCAACUUCAUCACCGGCAACAAGAACAAGCUCGCCGAAGUCCAAGCCAUCCUGGACGGCGUCAUUGAGCUGCGAAACCAGAAUGUCGACCUGGUCGAGAUCCAGGGCACGGUUGAGGAAGUCACGCUCGACAAGGCACGCCGGGCAGCAGAAGCAGUUGGUGGACCCGUUUUGGUCGAAGACACAUGUCUCUGCUUCAAAGCCAUGAACGACCUUCCAGGACCCUACAUCAAAUGGUUCAUGCUCUCCCUCGGACCCCUCGAGCUGCACAAGAUGCUUGCGGGCUUCGAUGACAAGUCUGCACAGGCCGUGUGCACAUUCGGGUACUGCGAGGGACCUGGCCACGAGCCCAUUACGUUUCAGGGACGGACGGAUGGCAAGCUGGUGCCGAGUCGGGGGCCUACUGUCUUUGGCUGGGACUCGUGCUUCGAGUACGAAGGCACGACGUACGCGGAGAUGGAGAAGGCACAAAAGAACAAGAUCAGCCAUCGUGGCAAGGCGCUGGACAAGCUGAAGGAGUGGCUGGCCGCCAGAACCGACGCGUAG